CCUGCAUGGAUGCAAACGCUGCGGUUAUUUCUGUCUCAUCCUUUCAUCAGCAGUGCAGGACGUCCAGGUGGAGAAGCAGGGAAAUCUGAGAAACGUCCAGGAUGGAGUCCCAGUGGAGGCUGACGGCUCUCCUCCUCACCCUCUGCUGCUGCUGCUGCUGUGCUCAGAGGGUCGGGUGGGUCUCUCCUCAUGUGGGAAGCACGGCGGGAGCAACAAGGCUCACCAUCAUGGGAGACGGCUUUGCUCAGGAACGUCAGUUCCAGUUAAAUCCUAAAGAUGACCAGUUUGGCAAUCAGGUGACUCUGGUAUCGGACACGCUGUCGGUCCCCUGCGAUGUGGAAAGGGACUCCACGCACGCCAACCAGAUCCUGUGUUACACCAGAGCGAUGCCACAGGAUCAGUAUGUGGUCCAUGUCAGCGUGGAUGGAGUUCCCAUUGCUGACGCCAACAUCUGCAACGGCAAUUACAAAAGUUACCAUUGCAGCUUCUACACCCAAUGGUGGCGUACUCCAACAAUUUACUCCCUGAGUCCAGCCACCGGCCUUCCAGGAACUCUGGUCACGAUUCGGGGGCGGAUCUACUCCGACGUCUACGGAAGCAACACAGAGCUGAGCUCCAACGGCCACGACGUCAGGUUUCUGAGGUCUUACAUGGGAGGGAUGCCCUGCGAGCUGCUGAAGCCUAACUCAGAUGAACUGUACAACCUGCAGCUGGACUCUGAAUCCUCCGACUGGGGCUACAUGAGCUGCAUGAUGACGGGGACAUAUGUUGGUCAUCAGAACAUGAGCUACAUCCUGGACGGUUAUUAUGGAAGGAGCCAACCAGAGAAGAACCUGUACUGGAUCUCAUCUCUGUCCAAACUCUCCAUGUUCCAAACGUUUGCAGAGGUGACCGGAGUCUCUCCAUCCAAAGGCAGCAUCAUGGGGGGAACUCUGCUGACGAUCCACGGACGCUUCUUUGACCAGACAGACGAACCCGCCAGAGUUCUCGUAGGAGGCCGGCCCUGUGAAGUACAGACUGUGACCGACGACAGAAUCACAUGCAGGACGGCUGAACGAGCGGCGGACGAUGACAGGAAGCUGUAUCCAGGUGGGCGAGGACUGAAGAUGGAAGUGUGGAGCAACAAACGGCCAAGUUCCUUGGAUGAAAUCUGGAGCUACAAUGAGAACACAACGGGUUACUGGUCACAGUGGAUCGACUCGCUGCCUUACAGCUUUCCUAAUGAAUACGACCUGUUUGCCACUCGAACCAGAGGCUUCUUUGUGCCUGCGGUCAGCGGAAACUUCAACAUAUACCUGCACUGUGAUGACCGCUGUGAUCUGUACCUCAGCAACUCCAGUCGGCCAGAAGACAAGGUGAAAGUUGCUUUUCAGCCAAGAUAUGUCAGAGACUACUUCCAGCUGGAGUCCCAAAGAUCUGAAGUGAUUUUUCUGGAGAAAGGAAAACCAUACUACCUGGAGCUUCUGCAGCACGAAUACGGCGGCCUUGCUAAUCUCAACAUCGGCUUGUUCCACGAAGAAAGUCCCUUCACAGAAGACCAGUCAGAUGAUGCUGUCAACGAAGUCCAGAACAUUGUCGCUAAAUACGAAGCACUUGAUGAAAAGCAGGUGCUCACCUUUGACAACUGGCCCUCGGGGGCCCCAUCGGUCAGGGAGGUGCAGAAGGUCAGCAUCAGUAGCGGCUGUGCCACCCAUCUAUGUGGAAGCACCUUCUUCCAGCUGAGCUACGGAAGCGCCCAGACUGGACCACUUCCUGUGAGCACCUCAGCAGAGGAGCUGGAAGCAGCUUUGAACAACCUGUGGUCCAUCAACCCCGACACUGUUGAGGUCAGCAAACAGGAGGACGGUCAGGGGUCUCACUACACCAUCACCUUCAACUCUGACAGAGGUGACUUUGCGGCUCUUUACUUUGAGGUUUUCAGCUCAGACACCAACAUCUCUGUUUCUGAGGUCACCAAAGGUCAAAGCAACAUGGCGACCUUCACUGUGAGCUGGGCCGGGGUUCCUACGGCGCCUAUCGCCUUCAACGCCACCGAGUCUGAGGUGCAGGCGGCCCUGGAGGACCUGAUGAAACCUGACUGUCCUUCUGAAGUUCUGACCACCGAAGGCCUGAACGUGAAAUACUUCAAUGACUUUGAAAACUCUGAGUUCACAGGAGCUCAGAGCGGGACUCCUGAGGGCAACUCUGGCUUCUGUGGGUUCUGGUCUCUGAAGAACGCCGGCCAUCUUUUCAGGGAGUCCUUCACCAAAGAGUCAGGAGAGCAGUACGGACCGCUGCCCCUGGACCAGCACCCCACGCUCUGCUUCGCCUACAAAGGGCCGCUGAGGGACGAACUUGGGCUGAAGUUCACCUACAGCGACAGCAGCGGUCAGACUCAGUCAGAAAACACCAGAAUUCCCGCUUUGCUCAAAAGCAAGGACAGAUGGAGCUAUGGGUGCCUGGACCUUCUGAGCGCUCUGCAGACAGCGUUCCUGGGAAGCAGGUUCAGCCUGCAGGAGUUUUAUCUCUACGGCGACCAACCUGGUGCUGAUUACUACGUGGAUGUGGUUCACAUCGGGAAGACUCCAACCACCAUGGAUGUAAACGCUGUUCCUCUCAGGAGAAGACCUCCCCCGUUCGAGAGCUCUGGGAGGUCCAUCGAAGCGUUCUCAGUCACCAAACUGCAAACUGCACCUUCACAGAUCACAUACGAAAUCACCGCCACGCCGCUGGAUUGUGCGUUUGGUUUCCCGCUAAUGGAGAUCAGCUUCAUGCAGAUGUCUAACCGCAGCGAGGACGCCGCAGAGUUUGUUACCGGAGGCACCGCCAUCUCUGUCACCCGCCCCCAGAGCGCCACGCCCCCUCUUAGCGGCACAUUUGACGUAGAGAUUUACGGAGGCCGAGCUGAAGGUCUGCCUGUGAACAUCAGCAGGGAGGACCUGAAGUACGCUCUGGAGGGAAUCCCAGAGAUGGGCCAGGUGGAGGUGCAGGAAGUGGGGAGCUGCAGACGUCCCAAGUGGAGGGUCACCUGGCUGAACAGACCUGGAGCCCAGCCGCUGAUGAAGGUCAACGACUCGUCGGUUGUUGGUAAUAAUGUCAACUUUGAGGUUCAGGAGACAACGAAGGGAGGACAGUUGAUCCGAGGCCUGACUGGAGACUUUUUCCGGGUUUGGGAAGAAGAACCGCAGGUGGAGCUCUACAUUAACGGCAUUCCCUCCAACUGCUCAGGGAACUGCAGCUUUCAGUGGUCUGAGGAGGAAACUCCAGUGGUGACUGGAAUCAGUCCGUCACAAGGAUCCGACGGACUGGGAACCCUGCUCACCAUCACUGGGACCGGAUUCAGACUGGGAAAUGCUUCCAUCAUGGUGGGAAACUCCUGGUGCGCCGUUCAGCAGGUCACAGCUUCCACUCAGGUGUGCAGAGUGGGCGGAGCCAGUGCAGGUACCUACCCGGUGUCUGUGAACUUCCCCUCUCUGGGCGACGCGCGCUACGCUGACGACAGCGUCCUCUACUUCACCUACCAGCUCAUCGUAGCCUCCUUCUCUCCGCAGUCUGGAAGUGUUGCAGGUGGCACCGUGCUGACUGUCACAGGCUUUGGCCUCAGUCAGAACGCCACAGUUACCGUCGGCGGUGCAGGAUGUGAGCUGAUCCAUGCGACCGCCACCGAGCUGAAAUGCAGAACGCCAGCAGGAGCUGUGGGAUCGCAGGUCGUCAUGGUGACGGUGGGAAACACGAGUCAGACCGCCGACACCUCCUUCACCUACGAUAAUAACCUGACCCCUCAGAUCUCUGGCCUGAGUCCUCUGACUGUGUCUGUGACAGGAGAUCAACUUCUCAUCAUCCAGGGUUCUAACCUGGGAGGCCAAGAUAACGACAGCCUGGUUCUGGUCGGAGAGAAGGAGUGUGUCGCCGCGCUGUGGACGGAGACGCAGAUCAGCUGCCAUCUUCCUGUGAUGCCACCUGGUGUUUACAGGGUGGAUGUGCAGGUCGGGAACAGAGGCUUCCCCCAAACCAGCAGCGGCGUCAGCCCGACCAUCCGGUACAUCCUGGAAGUGAACGAGAUCUCUCCGCAGUCCGGCUCAUUGAUGGGCGGAACCACGCUGACGCUUUCUGGUUCUGGUUUCAGCAACAUCACCUCUGAGAACCAGGUCUCUGUUGGAAGCAGAAGCUGCGCCGUGGUGUCCGCCUCGGAGAACCAGCUGCAGUGCAUCAUUCAGUCAGAGGAGAAGACGCACGCCGUCACCAACCAGGGCUCUCACCUGACUUAUGGACUCGGCUACGCUUGGAGUCCAUCCUCUCUCCGAGUGUUUGUUGGAGACACGGUGACGUGGCGAUGGGAGGCGCCUGCCUUCCAGAGGGUGGGGUACCGAGUCUUCAGUGUUUCCAGUCCCAGUGGCACCAAGUAUGAAGGAGGACCCCUGAACAGCGGACAGACUGAGACGGCGAAAGGGUUCUACAGCUACCGCUUCACCGUCCCCGGCACGUACUACUACAGCAGCGGCUACGUCGGCGCCUCCAUCCUGAUGCAGGGAGCAGUGAAGGUCAUGAGUCGGGAGGAGAAGAGCGGCGACGUCUCCGUCAGUGUGGGAGGGGUUCUGGCCACAUAUGAACCAGCAGGUUCGAGGAGAGUCUCCAGAGCAGCAGCAGACUGCGUGGCCUCCACACGCUGCCAGCCGGCCAAUCAGACUUCAGGAAGUCUGUCCUUCAGCUUCGCCGCCUGCUCCACGCCCACGGUCCACACCAUCUCCCCCAACCAGGGCUCCUAUCACCAAGAGAUCCGCAUCCAGGGAGGAGGCUUCAGUGACGUCACCUGUGCUAACGAGGUGACGGUUGGCGGCGCUCCCUGUCAGGUGACCAACAGCUCCCAGUCGGAGCUCAGCUGCCGCCUAAGCCCCACCUCCACGCUCCCCAUCGGCGUGGCUCUCUCUGUAUCAGUCAGAGUGAAGAACCUGGGCGGCGCUCUGGUCGCCAUCGCUGACGAGUUCAGUCGGCGCUUCGUGGUGCUGCCGGUGGUGGAGUCGGUGUCUCCCGCUGUGGGCAGCACCACCGGACUCACCAGGCUGCUGAUCAGCGGCUCUGGGUUCUCUGAAGGCAGCGUGGCGGCGGCAGGCGUGACCUGCAGCAUCCUGAUGGUGAACUACACGCACAUCCUGUGUGACACGGCUGCGUCCCAGCAGCGCUCCGGAGACGUCGUGUUCCGCAGCGGCCUGAUCCAAAGCUCUUGCCGCUCAGACUGCUCCUUCCAGUUCUCCUCCUCCGUUACUCCCACCAUCAGCAGCAUCUCCCCCGACAGCAUCAGCGGUCAGACAGACGUGGUCGUCUCGGGCUCCGGGUUCGGCGGCAUCAUAGACGACGUGUCCGUCUCUAUCGGCGCCACGGAGCUGGAAGUGAUGGCUGUGAGCGGCGAGAACGUGACAGCGAGGGUCCACGCCCUGCCGGCAGGAGACCACGCUGUGAGAGUGGUUGUGAGGAGCAGAGGUCUCGCUUCGGGUCAGGUCACCCUGAGCAGCCGCGCGCUGGCGGCCCUGCAUCCUGCCGUAGGCAGCGUGGCCGGGGGAACGCCGCUCACCCUCACAGGGAACGGGUUUGCUCCGGGGAACACGAGCGUGACGGUGGACGGGGAACCCUGCACGAUCCAGGAGGAGAGUCCCGGUCGGCUCCUCUGCCUGACGCCUCCUCACGGCGAGGAGCAGGUGGCCGUCAGGAUCCAGGUGUUGGGCGUGGAUUAUCCUCCGCUCAGCUUCAACUACUCUGCAGGCCACACCCCCAUCAUCAGCGCCAUCAGCCCCCCCACCGGUCCGAGCGGAACCGUCGUCACGCUCACCGGAUCAGGAUUCGGUUCUGACUCGCAGCUCCUCUCCGUCACCAUGAACGGCGCUGCCUGCGAGGUGUUGUCCGUCUCCGACGCUCAGGUCCGCUGCACGACGGGAAGCAACCCGGGCGGCGGCUAUCCGGUCGUCAUGCACCACCGGGUCAAAGGUCACGCCCAGUCAGAGGUCCGCUUCACGUACCAACUGACGCUCAGCAGCGUCCAGCCCAACCAGGGAAGUUUUGGAGGCGGAGCUUUGCUGUCCAUCCUUGGUUCCGGGUUCGAUCCGAUCAACUCCACGGUUCUCAUCUGUGACCAGGAGUGUCCUGUUGUCCGGGAAACGUCCACGUCCACCAAGCUGUACUGCCAGUCUCCACUCAACAACGCCUCUCAGUCGGACCUCAGCUGCCUGGUUUCUGUCGUCAACCCGUUAGACGCCGUCAACAUCUCAGAGGGCUUCACCUACCGAUCGGCUCUGACUCCCGUCAUCUCUGAGGUGGCGCCGCGACGGGGAGGCACCGCUGGUGGCACGCGGCUCACCAUCAGCGGCUCCGGUUUCAGCACCAGUGUGAAUGAAGUCAAUGUGACGAUUGCCGGCUCGCCGUGCGACGUUCAGUCCUCCAACAGCACACACAUUGUCUGUGUGACCAACGCUCAGAGCCGGUCUCAGGAGACCAAGGUCAGGGUCAGCGUUGGAGACCGCGGCAUCGCCAAGAUGGAUAACGCAGACUUCUUCUACAUCGACGUGUGGUCGUCCAGGUUCACCUGGGGGGGGCAGUCUCCCCCUGAGAAGGGCUCGUUUGCCGUCAUCAGUGAAGGCCAGACCAUCCUGCUGGACACCAGCACGCCGGUGCUCAAAAUGCUCCUCAUUCAGGGAGGAACUCUGGUGUUCGACGAGGCCGACUUGGAACUGCAGGCAGAAAACAUCCUGAUCACCGACGGAGGGCGGCUCCAGAUCGGUCAGGAGGGGGCGCCAUUCCAGCACAAAGCCAUCAUCACCCUCCAUGGAAACCUGCGCUCACCUGAACUUCCUGUUUACGGAGCAAAGACGCUGGCUGUCAGGGAGGGCGUCUUAGAUCUUCACGGUGUUCCUGUUCCCGUCCCAUGGACACAUUUAGCCCAGACCGCUACAAGUGGCGCCAUCACGCUGACUCUGAUGAAGGCAGUGACAUGGAAACCUGGAGAUGAGAUCGUGAUCGCCUCCACCGGCCACAGGCACAGUCAGAGAGAGAACGAAGUCAGAACGAUCGCCUCGGUGUCAGCCAACGGAAAAACUCUCACACUGACCGAGCCGCUGACAUUCACCCACCUGGGAGUAUCGGUCACGCUGCCCGACGGCACCAUGUUUGAGGGCAGAGCCGAAGUGGGUCUCCUCACCAGGAACAUCGUGGUCCGAGGCUCCCAGAACCUAGAGUGGAGUGACGAGAUCGUAGCCUGUCCUGACGGCUUCGACACAGGUGAAUUUGCCACUCAGACGUGUUUCCAAGGCCGCUUCGGAGAGGAAAUGGGCAGCGAUCAGUUUGGUGGUUGCAUCAUGUUCCACGCUCCCAGGCCGGGGGAGAACCUCGCCAUGGGAAGACUGGAAUACGUGGAGAUCUUCCACGCCGGUCAGGCCUUCAGGCUCGGCCGGUAUCCCAUCCACUGGCAUCUGAUGGGAGACAUCAACUACAAGUCGUACGUCCGAGGCUGCGCCAUCCAUCAGACCUUCAACAGGGCCGUAACCAUCCACGACACCCACCGGCUGCUGGUGGAGCACAACGUCAUCUACGACAUCAUGGGCGGAGCGUUCUUCAUCGAGGACGGCAUCGAGACGGAGAACAUCCUGCAGUACAACCUGGCUGUGUUCGUCAAGCAGAGCACCAGCCUCCUGAAUGAUGACGUCACCCCUGCUGCCUACUGGGUCACCAAUCCCAACAACAUCAUCCGACACAACGCCGCAGCAGGAGGGACCCACUUUGGGUUCUGGUACCGCAUGCACGACCACCCCGACGGCCCGUCCUACGACCCAAACAUCUGCCAGAAGAGGGUUCCUCUGGGCGAGUUCUCCAACAACACGGUGCACUCCCAGGGGUGGUUCGGACUCUGGAUCUUCCAAGAAUUCUACCCCAUGAAGGACGGAGGCUGCACUUCCAGGACUCCAGAGCCCGCCGUCUUCCACUCCCUCACCACCUGGAACUGUGAGAAAGGCGCCGAGUGGGUCAACGUGGGCGCAGUGCAGUUCAACCGCUUCGUCAUGGUCAACAACGAGAAGGCCGGCAUUGAAGCCAAGCGCAUCUACCGCUGGGCCGUGAGCGGCUUCGGGGAGGAUGGGGGGGCCACCGUGUCCAACAGCACCAUCGUGGCCCACGUGGACGAGCUGGGACUGGGGCCUGAGUACUGCACGCACCGGGGCGUCAUCACGCCUUUCGACGAUGGCUUGAGUGUCCUCAACACUCGAUUCAUCAACUUUGACCGCAGCAACUGCUCGGCCAUCGGAGUGACGUCCAUCGUGGGGACGUGUACAGAUCGCUGCGGCGGCUGGGCCGUCAGGUUCAGCGGCAUCCGGUACUGGAGCUCCCCCAACAAGGCCGGAUUCAGGUGGGAGCACGAAGUCCAGCUGGUGGAUGCUGACGGCUCCCUCACAGGUAAUAUGAACCAUAAAGUGGUGCCGAUGAGCAGCUUGCUGGACCCGGCCCACUGUUCACUGAGUGCCGAGUGGAGCGUCGGUUUUCCAGGAGCGGUCUGCGAUCACACCGUCAGCUUCCAUCGUCUGGCUUUCAACAACCCCACUCCGACCUCUCUGAAGGCCAAAGAUGUCAUCCUGACCAACUCUCAUGGCACCAGUGUGGUUCCCUUCCUGAAAAAGAGGAUGACCCAUAAGUUUGGCUGGAUGGCCCUGCUGCCGUCUGGACAGACGUACAACUGGUUCUUCAACAACGCCGGCCAGAUCACCAACAUCACCUACGAUGCCAAGUUCUACGGCUUCAAGUCGGAUCAGUUCGUCAUCAUCAGGCACAACUUCACCCAGAGUCCUGACAGCUUCCGCAUCAUCGAUGACAGGAACGGCUCGUCGACGCCGCUGAGCUUCAGCGACAACAACAACGGAGACUGGUUCUUCAACAAGACCACCAAUGACCUCUUCUACCUCGUGUCUGGGAAGGCGGGCCAUCGCAGGCGCCGUGACAGCGUGGACCGCUCCAUGCGGGACGUCGUGACCAACUUAGCUGUCCACCGCUGCUUCUUCCAUAAAUGCAUCCCCCCGGCUCCACCAACCCUCGCCCCCAUACCGGACCGCCGACCCAACGACUUCAUUCUGUGGUCUGAUGCAUCGUUCUGGAAAAGCUCUGCUGAGAACAACUUCACUGUGCCAGCGGAUGGAGCUAACGUGGUCAUCCCCACAGGGAAGUGGAUUGUUCUGGACGCCGACACUCCGUCCCUCAACAAGCUAACCAUCAUCGGGGUCCUGGAGGUUCCCGACACCUUGAACAGAACCGUAGUGAUAGAUGCUGUUUACAUCUUGGUCCAGGCCGGCAGGCUGCUCGCCGGAUGGGAACACGAGCCGUUCCAAGGAGAGCUGCAGAUCCGACUCAGAGGGAACCACAACACUCCGGACUGGGUGCUGCCCAACGGACCCAACCAGGGAUCCAAGGUUCUGGGCGUGUUUGGAACUCUGGACCUGUACGGACAGCCUCCCAACGUUUACCACACCAAGCUCGCCGCCACCGCCGCCGCUGGGUCCAUGACGCUGGUUCUGACGCAGGCCGUGGACUGGAAGGUGGGAGAUCAGGUGGCCGUCUCCACCUCCAGCUACAGCGCCUCAGAGACAGAAAAACACCGGAUCUCCGCCGUGUCGGCCGACGGCCUCAUCCUGACCCUGAGCCAGCCUCUGAGCCACACUCACGUCGGUGGAACCCACUCCGUGUCAGGAACAUCCUUCUCCUACACGCUGGCUGCAGACGUUGGUCUCCUGAGCAGGAACAUCCGGAUCAUCGGUGAGGAGUAUCCGGCCAUGAUGGCGGAGUCCUUCGGGGCCCGGCUGUUGGUCGGAACCUUCUCCAGUCAGGGAAUCAGCUAUAAAGGAAAAGCUCAGAUCCGGAACGUGGAAUUCUUCCGCUCCGGCCAGGAAGGCUGGACCGACUCUUACGACCCCCGCUACUCCGUGGCGUUCCUGAACCUGGGAGAGGUUUCCGGGAACGACUCAUACAUCCAGGGAUGUGCCUUCCAUGACGGCUUUUCUCCUGCCAUCGGAGUCUUUGGGACCUCAGGCCUGAAUGUCGACGACAACGUCAUCCAUCACACCGUGGGAGAAGGCAUCCGUAUCUGGGGCGACAGGAUCACGCUGAGGAGGAACCUGGUGAUGAUGUCACUGUGGCCUGGGUCGUAUCAAGACAGAGAGGAACCCUUCAACUUCGAUUGGAACGCAGCCAUCGAGGUGAACCAGGGGACCAACGUGGUGCUGCAGCAUAAUAUCGUGGCGGGUUACGAGAGGGUGGCGUACCGCAUCGACGGAGAACCCUGCCCAGGUUUCCCGAAACCUAACGAGGCCUGGAUCCAGAACGAGGCGCACGGCGGGCUGUACGGAGUUUACCUCAACAAGGAUGGACUGCCCGGAUGCAGCUUCAUCCGAGGAUUCUUCAUCUGGAAAACCUUCGAUUUCGCCAUCUACUUCCAGGUCACCAUGGACGUGGUCAUUUCCAACGUGACGCUGGUAGAUAACGGGAUGGGCAUCAUGCCCCUCAUCUACGGUCCUCCUUCUCUCUCACAUGCAUACGCAGAUAAAACUGUGGACGUUCAGAAUUCCCUGAUUGUUGGCAGCAGCCCAUACUUCAACUGUUCUGAAACGCUGAGCUCCGACGACUUCAACGUCGCCUCCUCAUCUUCACACCGAGCUCCCAGGCCUCCUCAAGGAGGCCGAUCUGGAAUCUGCUGGCCGAACCUCCAGUCGGGUCACAACAUGGCGCCCGGUAAACCCCACCACCUCAACAUGAACUACAACGCCAUCAAAGGCCUCAUGAGGGUCACAGGCACGACGCUGGUUGGCUUCCGUGAUGUCUGCUCUGGGCAGAAGAACGUCAUGUUCAUCACCAACCCCCUGAACGAGGACCUGCAGCACCCGGUGCACGUUUCAGCCAUGAGGAUGGUGGACAGCACCGAGGACGCCAAGGUGUUUAUUCACAGGCCGGAUGUGGGCAAAGCGAAUCCAGCCGACUGCGUGGACAUGGACUGUGAUGCCAAGAAGAAGACCCUGUUGAGGGACUUGGACGGGUCCUUCCUGGGAGCUCCCGGAACCGUGGUGCCCCAGUCCGAGUACGAGUGGGGAGGAGAUCCCAGGAGGGGAUUGGGCGACUAUCGCAUCCCCAAAGUCAUGCUGACGUUCCCGAACGGCAGCCGGAUCCCUGUGGAGCAGGUCGCUCCUCACAAAGGUGUGAUCAGGAAGAACUGCACCUACAUGAGCUCCUGGCAGAGCUACGAGUGCUUCGGCCUCAACUACAGGAUGGUCGUGAUCGAGAGUCUGGACUUGGACACAGAGACCCGUCGUCUGUCUCCUGUGGCUGUCUUUGGAGAUGGCUUUGUGGAUCUGAUUAACGGGCCUCAGGAUCACGGCUGGUGCGCCGGGUACACCUGCCAGGAGCGAGUGUCUCUGUUCCACAGCAUCAUGGCCACUGGACACGCCUUCGAGGUCUACUUCACCAGCGUCAGCCCACAGAAGCUCCGCCUCAUGAUGCUGAACUCCGACCCCACUGAGAGCGUCCUGGUCUCCGUGUUCUACUCCAACCCUCAGCAGCUGGACGUCUACGUGGAAAACAGGCUCGUUCCUCCGACCAACGCUGUGUGGAACGACGACAGAACCGACUACGUCCUGAAAGAGCCGACAUUCAGAGAUGAGUUUGUGCCUCUGAUGAACGCCUCCAUGGGAUCCAACUACUUCGACCAGGACUACAAGCUGCUGAAGGUCCUGGUGAGAGGCUCCACGCCGGUGGAGAUCAGGACGUCUCCGCUUAUCGUCGUGGCCUUCAACAUGCCCGCCCUCACCGAGGACGAGUUCUUCGGUCAAAACCUGAUCCAGAACCUGGCCACGUUCCUCAAAGUUCCCCCCAGCAUGAUCCGCAUCACCAAGAUCAUCAGGGAGGAUGGCGGCGUGCGGCGCAGGAAGAGGUCCACGGGCUUAACGGUGGAGGUGCAGAUCAAAAAGCCCCCACUUCAGCAGACCGGCAACACCAGCACCGAUGAGGAAGACUUUGCGCUGCUGAGGAGCAUCGCAGAUGAUCUGGGUCAGGCGGCGGUUUCUGGGAACCUCAGUCAGUCCAUCGGCUACAACGUCUCCUCCAUCGGCAUCAUCCCGCCUCCUCCUUCAUCUUCAGACCCCACCUGGAGCCAGGUGGCAGCAAAGGAAGCGUCCAGAGAAGAACCGAAGGCGAGCUACAUUUCGAGCGUGUCGCGCCUGCUGCUGGUGGAGGACCCGAUAGCCGGAGAGUUCGUGGGGCCGCUGCUCCAGCAGCCGCGUCUCAUGGCCGUGGACGAGCAGGGUAACUGUGUGUCUGUGGGCGUGACCACGCUCACCGUGAGCACCAGCCUGAAGAACGGCAGCGGAGAUCCGGUGGGCGGACUGGAAGGAAACACCACCAUCCUGUUCAGCGGCUGUUGGGCCAACUUCAGCGACCUCUCCAUCCUUAACAGCGGGGAGAACCUGACGAUGGUCUUCACUCUGAAGGACUGGGGCGCCCAGUCCAGAUCUUUCUCUGUGAAGAAUGUCCCCACCACGGAGAGCCCGCCCACCACUGGCGACGACAGCGUGUUCAGUUCCAGCACGGCCUUGUCUGCAGGCAGCCUGUGUCUGAUCAGCGUCAUCUAUGAGGCGGCCUGCUGCUCCACCAGCAUCCCGCUCUGUUAGCCGGUGCUCUACUCCGGUUCUUCUGGGUUUGAUUGGAUGGUGGAGGUUAUCUAAAGAUGAGGGAGGGGGGUUCUGAUCCAGUCUGUGGUCAGUAAGGCUCCAGGGAUCUUGGUCACCAGUUUUUUAAGCUUUCUACGGUUCUAUUAAUGUUUUUCUUCAGAUUUCGGCUCCUAUUACCUGAUUUUUACAGCAUUUUGUAAAAUAUUUGCCAAUUUAAAAUGAAGGAAUGAAAUAAUUCUGAGAUUAAACUGACCUCAAAGAAAAUGAAGUUUUAAACUUUGGCACUUUAACUGAUGGUUUCACAUUAAAUAUACUUUAAAAGGA